AUAUGGUAAAGAAUAAGACCUCGACCUUAUGAACUCACCGGCUUCCAGUGAUAAGCUGAUUUUUUCGUAUAUAAACUCGAAAAACUAGGGACACACCACGAGUCAGCCUCCAGCAUGAUCGCCAAGUUAGCACUGCUCCUCCUCUGCGCCGCCGCGGCCAGCGGUAACCCCGCCGCCGGCAAGUCGUGGCACUGGAAGUCUCCCAAGCCUCUCGUCACUCCCAUCGGCCCGGUGAAGUCAUCCCGCAUCGUGGGUGGAGUAGAGGCCACCCCCCACACGUGGCCCCACCAGGUGGCUCUCUUCAUUGACGACAUGUACUUCUGCGGCGGCUCCCUCAUCUCCAACGAGUGGGUCCUGACCGCUGCUCACUGCAUGGACGGCGCCGGGUUCGUUGAAGUGGUCAUGGGCGCUCACAACAUCCGUCUGAACGAAGAUACCCAGGUCAGCAUGACCAGCACUGACUUCUUCGUCCACGAGAACUGGAACUCCUUCCUGCUCACCAACGACAUUUCCCUCAUCAAGCUGCCCAGCCCAGUUACCUUUGACGCCAACAUCCAGGCGGUCGCCCUGCCUACUUCUGACGUCUCGGUUGGCGAUAUCGUCACUCCCACUGGUUGGGGAAAGCCCUCGGACAGUGCCCUGGGGACCUCCAAUGUCCUUCGCCAAGUCAAUGUCCCGAUCAUGGCCAACUCUGACUGUAAUGAUGCCUACGGCAUUAUUACCGCCAACAUUGUGUGCAUCGACAGCACUGGCGGCAUGGGCACCUGCAACGGUGACUCUGGCGGCCCCCUGAACAAGGACGGCUUCACCUACGGCAUCACCUCCUUCGGGUCGUCCGCUGGUUGCGAGGCCGGCUACCCCGACGCCUUCACCCGCGUCUACAACUACCUGGACUGGAUCGAGUCGAAUACUGGCAUCACCGCUUGAGCUGCUCUGAGAACAUUCCCACGAGGAUCAGAAGCAUGAGGGACCUUCAAUCCUUUUAUAGGCUGAUAUGAAGAGCUUGAUCAGUGUAGAAGUUAUGGAGGCAAUAAAUAUAAACAAAUAUUAAA